AUGGUACAGGAUUGGGCCGCCUAUGUCUGGCGGUCCUGGUGCUGUGGGGCAGAGGACUGUGGGCCUGCGGUCCCACAAGAGACCCCCCCCAGCCAGCGCCCACCCACCUGCCACCUCCAGCCCAGCCCGGACUCGCCCGUUGCUGCCCUGCUCCACACCGGCCCUGCGUCCCACGGGUCGGCCACGGGCAGACGCCGCGAUGCUGCGACCAUCACCGACCUGUGCAGCGGCGAUGUCCCCGAGGUGGAGAUCAUCAGCCUGCUGGGCCAGCAGCUGCCCCGCUACACGCUGCGGGCUGACACCAUCUUUCACUACGACCAUGACGACUGGCUGCGUGCUCCCCCUGGCCCCCCGGAGCCCGUGGCCCCCCUCACCCCCCAGCAGAUCGAGGAGACCCUGCAGUACUUUCUCCUGUGUGCUGAGCGGGUGGUCAGGAUCACGAAGACCUACCAUGACAUCGAUGCCGUCACCAACCUGCUGGAUGAGAAGGAGCGGGACCUGGAGCUGGCGGCGCGCAUCGGGCAGUCCCUGCUGAAGCAGAACCGGAGCCUGACCGAGCGCAAUGAGCUCCUGGAGGAGCAGCUGGAGUUGGCCAAAGAGGAGAUCGCGCAGCUGCGCCACGAGGUCUCCAUGCGGGACGACCUGCUCCACUUCUACACCACCACAACGGAGGAGAGCGAGCCCACCACCGCCACCUCCACACCGCUGCGCCGGCAAGAGUCCUCGCUGUCCCUGCAGCAGUACUUCCAGUACGACACCUUGCAGCAGAAACUCAAGUGCCUGGAGGAGGAAAACCAGAAACUUCGCAUGGAGGCCACCAACAUUGCAGCCAAGACCUGUCAGUAUGAGGACCAGGAGCAGCAGCUGAUGAUCGACUGUGUGGAGCAGUUCUCUGAAGCAAGCCAGCAGGUCAUUUACCUCUCCGACGAGCUGGCCCGCAAGACAGAGGACACUGUGCGGCAGCAGGAGGAGAUCAGCCAGCUCCUGGCGCAGGUUGUGGACCUGCAGCAGAAGUGCCGCACGUACGGCUCAGAGGUGGAGGAGCUCCAGCAGCACCUGGCCGUGGCAAAAGAGGUGCAGCAGCAGCUCCGGAUGGAGCUGCGGGACCUGCAGGAGAAGUACGCCGAGUGCGGUGGGAUGCUGCAGGAAGCCCAGGAGGAGGUCAAGAGCCUGCGCAGCCGCAGCCUGCCCAACAGCACCGUCAGCCGCUACGGCACGCCGAGCCUCCUGCCCGUGGACUCGCUGGCGGCUGAGAUCAAGGGGAUGAUGAGGAAGGGCACAGACAGCUCCUCCUCGGACUACAAGAGCUACCUGCGUGUCUUUGAGACGGUGAAAGCGGUGAACCAGGCGGCCAAAGCCAGGUCUUGCUCCGAGUCUCCCCACAACAUGCCGGGCUCCAAGCAGUUGUCAGCCGCCCCUUCUGGUGGGGCCAGCACCCCCCGCACCAGCUGCUCCGGCCCCGAGGGUGCCCAGGCCGGAGAGGAGCCCCGGGCAGCCCCGGGCCGGCAGGACCUGGAGGCGGCGGUGCAGCGGCUGUCGGUGCGGCAGCAGAGCCAUGCCUCGGAGGAGCGCUCCUUCUUCGAAGCAGAGCGGGAGCGCAAGCUUGGGCGGCUGAGGGACGGGGAGAGCUCCAGCGGCUUCCUCACCCCCAACGAGAGCAUCGUCUCCACUGGGACCACCUACUCAGGGAGCUCGGAGCUCACCGCUGGCUCCGGCUUCUCCCUCUGCUCCCUCACCUACCUGCCUGACAAGCUGCAGAUCGUGAAGCCCCUGGAAGGCUCUGUGACACUCCACCACUGGCAGCAGCUGGCACGGCCCAACCUGGGUGGGAUCCUGGUGCCCCGUCCCGGGGUGCUUACCAAAGACUUCAGGCAGCUGGACAUUGACCUGGAGGAGGUCUACAGCCUCAAUGACCUGGAGGAAGAUGACGUGGACACCAGCUCCUUCCAGCUGCUCCCUACCUCUAUGCCCGCCAAAGCCAAGGAGCGCUCCGGGGUGUUCCUCUCUGUUAACAACCUCCCCCAGACCCCGUCUACCUUCACCAUCACCACCUGCCACAUCCUCCACCCCACCACUGAGAUCACUACGGUGACACCCAGUCUGUAUAACGCCGUCGUGCCUUCUUGUGGGCCCUUUGAGGGGCUGAGCCUCGGCAGCCCCUCGCCGGAGCCGUCUUCCCCCAUGCUGGCACCUGGCCCCGGACCCCUGAGCACGCCUGUGGGACUCGUCAGGCUCUUGCUGGCGCGGGGCAUCUCUGCCUCCGUGCCAGGGACUGGGUCGCAGUGGGCCCCCCCGCUCCCCUCCCAGGACCCCCAGCAUGCUGACACUCGGCCCUUCCCUGCGCCCGGGGGGCAGGACGGACCCCCGCUCAGGAGCAGCAUCUUCAGCUUGAACCUGGUGGAGAAGCUGCGGCGCCUGGGGCUGGACAAGGUGGUGGCCAGAGGGGAGAUGUCUUAUGCCCGAGGAGAGUGCAGGGGAGCCCGGGAUGCGCUGACGUGA